CCCCAACGUGUGCGCGGUGCAGAAGCUGAUCGGCACAAACAGAAAAUACUUCACCAACUGCAAGCAAUGGUACCAGAGGAAGAUCUGUGGGAAAUCAACGGUAAUCAGCUAUGAGUGCUGUCCUGGAUAUGAAAAAGUUCCUGGAGAAAAAGGCUGCCCAGCUGCGCUGCCGCUUUCAAAUAUCUACGAAACCCUGGGAGUUGUUGGGUCUGCCACCACGCAGCUCUACUCCGACCGGUCUAACCUAAGGCCAGAAAUCGAAGGACCUGGAAGUUUUACAAUUUUUGCCCCGAGUAAUGAGGCCUGGGCAUCCUUGUCUGCUGAAACUCUGGAUUCCUUAGUGAGUAACGUUAACAUUGAGCUGCUCAAUGCCCUUCGCUACCACAUGGUGAACAAACGGGUCCUCACAGAUGAUCUCAAACAUGGGACAACGCUUAACUCAAUGUACCAGGACCUGCCUAUCCAGAUUCACCACUAUCCCAAUGGGAUUGUGACAGUGAACUGUGCCAGGCUGUUGAAAGCAGACCACCACGCCACCAACGGCGUCGUUCACGUCAUCGACAAAGUCAUUGCCACCACCACCAACAGCAUUCAGCAAAUCAUAGAGACAGAGGACAGCCUGGAAACCCUUCGGGCUGCUGUGGCUGCUUCUGACCUCAACAGCUUGCUUGAAAGUGAAGGCCAGUACACGCUCUUGGCUCCAACCAACGAAGCCUUUGAGAAGAUCCCACGAGAAACAUUGAACAGGAUCCUAGGGGACCCAGAAGCCCUGAGGGGUAAGGGCUUGUUUACUGAGCACAUCCUGAAGUCAGCCAUGUGUGCUGAGGCCAUCAUUGCUGGCCUGACGAUGGAGACCCUCGAAGGAACCACCUUGGAUGUGGGCUGCAGUGGGGAAGAGCUGACCCUCAACGGCAAGCCCAUCAUUGCUAACAAGGAUGUCCUGGCAACCAACGGCGUCGUACAUUUUGUUAAUGAGCUGCUGAUCCCAGACUCAGCUAAGACUCUGUUUGAGUUGGCACAAGAAUCUGAAGUUUCCAAGUCUACAGAUUUUUUCAGACAAGCUGGUCUCAGUUCUCAUCUAACUGGAAGUGAGCGAGUGACCCUCCUUGCCCCAGUGAACGAUGUGUUCAAAGAUGGACUCCCCGUUGUCGACAGCAACAUGAAAAACUUGCUGCUGAACCACAUUGUUAGAGACCAGCUCUCCUCUAAAUAUCUUUACCAUGGACAGAAACUACAGACUCUGGGUGACAAGGAACUGAGAGUUUUUGUGUACCGCAACAACCUUUGCAUUGAAAAUGCCUGCAUUGCUGCCCAUGACAAGAGAGGAAGAUUUGGGACCCUGUUUAGCAUGGACAAAAUGUUGACCCCACCGACUGGCUCAGUGAUGGAUGUCCUUAAGGCAGACCAUCGCUUCAGUACAUUGGUGGCUGCAAUCCAGUCCGCAGGUCUAACGGAGAACUUGAACAGGCCAGGUACCUUCACGGUGUUUGCUCCCACAAAUGAAGCUUUCCGAGCCAUGCCCCAGGGGGAGCUGAACAAACUAAUGGGGAAUGCCAAGGAGCUUGCUAACAUCCUCAAGUUCCACGUGGCUGAUGAGAUCCUGGUGAGCGGCGCAGUCGGUGCCCUUGUGAGGCUCAAGUCCAUGCAGGGAGAUAAACUGGAAGUCAGCAUGAAAAACAACAUAAUACAUAUCAACAAGGAGCCUGUUGCUGAGAGCGAUAUCAUGGCCACGAAUGGUGUGAUUUAUGCCGUGAACUCUGUCUUACAGCCGCAGGCUUCAAGGCCGCAAGAAAGAGGUGACGAACCUGCAGAUCCCGCGUUAGAAAUCUUCAAACAGGCAUCUGCGUUAUCCAAGGUUUCUCAGAGGAAUCCUCGGCUAGCACCCGUCUACUCCCGGUUACUAGCGAGGAUGAAGAACUCGGGUGGAUUCUGA